CACACUUUCAAACCGCAACUGAAAAGCUCGAUCUGCUACUCUCCAUCGCCCUUGCUACACCCCAGCUUUCUGAUCAUCCUCCAAAGUGAUCCGGCUCAUCGCUGCUCAUCCCACCGGCUGGUCUCCUUCUAGUGUAAGUCAAACCAAGCUCACUAUAUCUUCUUCUUCUAGAUCCAUAUACCUUGUAUCCCUUGUAUAAAUGUGAUAUAUUUGUUGUGAAGAGGCGUUCUAUUGGUCAUGUAUGCUUUUUAGUGGAUCACACAUCAAUGGGAGGAGGAGGACUUGUGGUGCGUGUGUGGAAAGAAUGGGGAAUUCAGAUCUUGGUUGUCGCCAGCUUCCUGCUUCAGCUCAUCCUCCUCGUCUUCGGUGGGCUCCGGCGGCGCAGCUCCUCUGCCAGGCUGCUGGCCUUCCUCUGGCUGUCAUACCUGAUGGCCGAUAACAUCGCGGUCUAUGCCCUUGGGCACAUGUCCCUUGAGAGCAGGCCGGGAGAUGACGGGCUCGUUGCGUUCUGGGCAACCUUCUUUCUGCUCCACCUCGGCGGCCAGGACACCAUCACUGCCUUCUCCCUAGAGGACAACCAGCUAUGGAGGCGCCACCUCCUGACUCUCGUAGUGCAGGCAUCGGGGGCCGGCUACGCCAUCUACCGGUACACAAUACCCGGUACCUGGACCUUGGUCUCGGCCACCAUAGUGAUGUUCAUAGUGGGUUUCCUCAAGUACGGGGAGAGGGUGUGGGCUCUCCAAAGAGGCAACAAUGGCAAUUUUGCUUUGUUGAAAGUUCACAGCAAAACCUCCCAAGAUCGGCCUGAAAUCUUGAAGACCACAGCUAAGAUGGAUAGAGAGGAGCUGAUCUUAUUCGAAGCUCAUUACAUGUUCCAAUUUUGUAUGUGUGCAUUCAUCAACGUCAGCCUGGAAAGAUGGUCCAACGACACUGUUCGCAGUUAUCUACAGACCGGUCUGCCUCUGCCGUAUAAACUCAACACGGACAUGCUGUAUGACCUGGUCGAGGCAGAGCUCUCCCUUCUGUACGACAUGUUUUACACUAAGGCACAAGUGGCUCACUCUUGGCAAGGCUACUUGAUCCGUGCCAUCUCACUGCUUGGCACGGUGAGCGCAUUCUUGUUGUUCCGUCUUGACGACGGUAAAGGUGCUCACAGGAGAGUAGAUGUCUCCAUCAGUUACCUGCUAUUGGUUGGGGCCAUCAUUCUGGAAACCAUAUCAGUAUUUACAAUUGUAGGAUCAACAUGGACGUGCAGCUACUUGCGCUGUCAGGGAUGGAACCGAACUAAUGCUAUGGUUUUGUGGAUUCGACGACUUAUCAAAGUGGGACGCCAAAGAAAAUGGUUGCACUCCAUCGGGCAACAUAGUGUGUUGGAUUACUGCACCCGUGACCAAACCAAGUGCACAAAAAUGAUCGAAGAGACAAGUACUGUACUUAAAAAGUGGCGGAGAAAGGUGAAGUUCUCAGUUUAUACGAAGAUCACGAUGAAGUUCAAGGAACUAGUGUUGGGACAGAUAGUGAUAACAAUGACUGAUCAUUCUAAGUCAUGGAGUAUCCUGGAUGGACCCGGAAAAUAUGUGCUAACGAGAUACGAACUCUGGGGUGAUAUGGACUUUUCUGUCAAGGACAGGGAUUUCGCCCAUUGCAUUCUCAUCUGGCAGGUUGCAACCGAUAUUUACCUUUGCUGUUGUGAUGACAACCAGCAUCAAAGUAGGUGCCUCAAUGCUGAAGAGGAUGAUAAACUCCUUGUUGAGGCAAUAAAGGUAUUAUCUAAGUACAUGGGUUUUUUAGUGAUACACCCAAGCUUACUGCCCGGCGGAGUUCCAAGCGAUUCUACCAUCAAUGAUUUGGAGGAGCUGUGGAAGAACAGAAAAUGUUCUACUAACGGGGAGUUUGCAAGGUCAUUACUUGACCAUAAAAGUGAUGAUCGGCCUUAUAUAUCUCUUGCUUGUGAGCUGCUUGGAAACAAAAUGAAUUUGUCGAUGCUGCAAGUCAUCUUCGAGGUGUGGGUGGAGUUCCUGUGCUAUGCAGCCUACCAUGGCACCGGUAUUUCCCACUGUAUACAGCUUGGCAGGGGCGGUGAGUUCCUCUCUGUUAUCCGCCUCGUCAUCGAUCACAUCGAGCUAUUUCAGAAGCAUAAGGAGAAAAGCUUCAACUCGUGAUGACCACCUAUAUGUUGAUUGAUAUGCCUCGGAUGUAAUGCAGUAUCUAUGCUACCCAGUUCUAUUGGAAUAAUGACUGUUUUUUUGUGAGCAAGGAACACCAUAUGAGUUACUCUAUCUAUCUAUAAUCUGCUAUUGAUUUCUAUGCCUCGAAUGUAAUGUAAUAUCUAUGCUGCCCAUUUGUAUUGGAACAAUAACUCUGUUUUUGUGAGCAUGGAACAAU